AGUACAGGAUUUCGUUUACUUCCCCGAAAUCUAACCACCGCUGCUAGAAUCAAUAAUCAAACACAAGCCUUUAAUAUUAGCAACGCAAUUAGUCAAAUUUACUGAAGACUAUUAAUCUUAUCGAACCGUCGGAAGAAAUUGUUAAACUGUUUGAUGACGAUAAUAGCGUUACUAUAAAUUGUAUUUUAUUACCUUUCAUUUUGUUCUGAAAAAGAAAUCAAGAUUUAAAACAACACAAAGCAUCGACGUUGUCUCUCUGUUACUCACUGGAAUACAAUGCCGAGAUAAAAUAAUUUCUUGGCUUUUUUUCAUUUUUAUUAUUCUGAAUAUUUAACCGGCAAAAAAAAUAAAAUAGGCUGCUGCCAGGAUUUAAAAGUUAUACUGCCGGUUAGGUUGUCUCUACUCGAGAUAAUGGCAACUGUAUUAUUGGGCGGAUAGUGGAUAGCGAAUAUAGAAUACGCCAACGCACAUAAUAAGGACAUGCCGGUAUCAUUUGCUAUUUGCGACGGCGCGGUCAACAUAUCCGUUGGAGUUUGCGUUGGAUUAAGCUGAAUUCCCUCGAAAUUUGUGAAAUCGUAGGGCGCAACCGCGCUCCAGGGCGACACUGCUUGGUUACACUCUGGUACUUCGUGUUCACUUUGUUCCUAGUACCGCCGUCGAUAACUAUUACCUUGACAUAUACCUAUAUCAGAUAUAUAGGGACAAUAUAAAAGUACAGUAAUCGUAAUCAUAAUAUUAUAUAUAAAAAGGCUAUUCAGUAAGUACUUUGUAUUUCAGCCGAGUAUUGACGGGCUAACCAGCUACGAAGCUGAAGGAUGGUGCACCGAGAAAUUGAUUAAUUUUUUUUUUAAAAAGUACACACCUAUUGCUACUAAACUAGACCUGGACUGCUUGCUGGUGCUUUUUUAUUUUAUCUACGGAGAAUGUAGAAGAUCUAAGUGAACAACCUUCGAGGAUACGAGUAGAGUCAACAUCUGAAAUCAGAACCUUCCUUAUUCCUUUCACUGGUGUAAAAAAACCUCGGCCGACUAAUUUUUACUCUUCAGUAUUUAAUCCGCAGUAUCAAACCUUUUUUUCCCCCCCGAUAAAAUGAUUCAAACAAACGUAGCGGUGACAACGACCACAACUACAACGACCUCGACAAAAUCAACCAUAACUAAAAAUAUAAACCCCGAAAGUAUUGUCAUUAAAAAUUUAUCGGAUGGCGAAACAGUGACCUACAGUUUGGUGCUGAUACAAGGGCAAGCACCGUCGUGCUGUACUAAAAUAAACAUCCGUAGUCAGCAGCAUCACAAUCUAAAAUCCGGGUUGGUGACAGAGUGGCCCAUUAUUGCCGGAGAGUUUCGUAUUCUGGUGGAUUUAGCACGUGGAAUAAAUAAACUUCAGCUGGAGACUGCUAAUGGAAUUAAAAAACAAUUGACACUGAUUCACGAGCCGAAAAAGUCUCGACUUCGAGUUACGCCGAUUUAUGUAAUUUGUGCAGGUCACGAUGGAUAUUUUCAGGGUCCAACAAGUGAGGACUGUUCUCCGGAGAGCGCAGCCACCAGAAUUGGGCUUGGAGCCCGUUUAUUACAGUCAUUAACCGCUGAAAAGUUGCAAGAAGCCGGACACGCUCGGAAGACAUUUCAGUUGGAGCGAGAUCUCGACGGGCCCGAGUGCUUGGUAAUGCACAGCAUGCUCAAUGUGGACACCGCGAGAGCUAUGAAUCAGCACGAGCUCUGGGAAUUUGUAGGUCGCGAAAUAAUGAAAGGUCCGCUCGCUUCUAGAGACAGAAAAUAUUUGGCAUUUUUAUCUUGUACCAAGUACAGAGGAGCUCCGAGUCCUAGAACACAUGAGGCAACUCUGGCAAGCACCCAAGGGCACGCUGCUCUUGGUGGUGGUGGUCUCGCACUGUUCGGAUCUGCGUGUCUUCACACUUGGCCUACAACUCUUAAUCAGGUGUUACCUAAAUUUUUAGACAAGACAAUAAUUGACACAGACGUUCUCAUGGAUGACAGUAAUUAUCGCGGUACUUAUGGCGGGUGUCUGGCAACAACUCUUGGCUCUGUCCUUCAUGAACUUGCUCACACCUUCGACUUGGGUCACACCCGUGAGGGUAUUAUGGGCCGUGGAUUCAAUUACGUUGAUCAUGUCUUUAUCGGCAAAGGUAUUGUCACCAAAAAAUCCCCUGGUAAUACAGACAACAAUCGCAAUCCUCGCAACGGAGAUCUCCAACGCUCUACAAUAACGCUCAGCAAACCGCUAAGUGUCACUGUUACUAUUAAUAACAGUAAUAACAACAACAAUAAUAAUAACAAUCAAUCUAUUACGAGCCUAGCAAAUUCUAAAGCUCCAAGACCAUGCGUUUUGCCGGAAUUAUUUGGAGAUAAUUCUAAAACAAAGGAUCUCGUAGCCAAUGAAAAAAAUUCAAUAAAUCGAACAAGUCCGGACACUGAUUUACAAUUUAGUCAUCAGAAUACAUAUGUAUUUGAAACUUCUUUUUGUCAGCCUGAUAAAAUAUUUUGGGGGCCUUCUUGCGCAACUAUUCUUGCUUAUCACCGAUGGUUUGCUGGAGACAAUGAGAAUGAAAUAAUAAAUGAUCAUAAUUCUCACUAUUAUCGCAAUAAUUGUCAAAUUGAAUAUAUUGCCAAGCGAAAUGUUAUAAGAUCAUCGUUUGGAAUUCGCGUUAUAGAAUUACGCGAAGUAUCUACUGGUAUGGUAAUAAACUACCGUCAAUUUCCAGGCGUACGUCCACCCCUAGAAGCCGUUGUUCCUCCACUAUCUUCGCCACUAGCUCACACCUGUUACGACGCUCCACUGGUAAUUUUUGCCGAAGAUUCAGUGGGUAAUGUACUAAACAUUACCGCUUCCUUACACACUCCAGAGUUUUAAGAUUAAAGUACUAAUAUUAAUUCUCAAAAUUUAUACAACAGUUAUUUUGCUAGUUCUUUAUUAAAGUAAUAGAGUGCAUUAUUUAAAUCUUGGUACCCAUGCUGAAACAAUUUAAUAACUCUUGUAUACGUAAUAAGGACUUUAUGAUAUUACUUAUUAGUAUAUACUAAUUAUUAAUUGGUAGUAUUAUAUACAUUUAUAACGAUAUUGUUAAAUUAUUUAUUUAUAUACGACUUAAUGCAGGGAAUGUGAGACAAUAUGCGCGCAAGUCUUGCAUAUUAUGAACUCCAUGCGUGCCUAUUAUUGCCUUAAACUCGUUGCAGAUGAAUUAAAAAAGAAACAGGCAGUAAAUCUCAAUAAAUAUUUUACUAAUUAUUCAAUUAAUUGAUAAAAAUUUAAAUACGGUGAUCCUUUAUUAGUCAAAAUAAUAAUAUUAAAAUAUAAAAUAAAUGUUUAUAUUAUUGGAUCAAUGUCGCGUAAAGUUUGUGAGAUGGUAUCGAUAUUGCAAAUUUACUCGUAUCUACUUCAUCAAAUCCAAGGUUGAACUAAUACUGCAGCUCAAAGGUAUAGAAGGUCAUUUUAUGUAGCUAUUAUAAAUCCAACUUGUGAUUGGCUCACGGAGUUGCCUAGGAUUUAGUCGAAAAUUAUUUAAAGAGUCAGGUAGAAAUAAGUGCAAUUGAUGUAUUGAUUUUUCAAUUAUAGUAUAUCGAUUCGAUUUAAUCUUAAACGGUACUAAUAAAUUUUGAAU